ACUAAGCGGAGCUUCACAGCAGAACAGAUCAGCUGUUAAACUCAUGACUUCCAUCUUGUUUUUCACUGUUUGUGUUGCAGACGUCUCGCUGUGACUCAAUCAGCUACUCUGUGGAUGUGGAUGUGAUGGAGCCUCCUCACAGCAACAUGAACAGUCCCAGUGUGGAGCUGAAGAGUCUGCAGCUGUGUGACAGGGAAGGCACAGCAUCUGCAGACAGCGACAUUGGGGACGUGGACGACCUGCCGGUUCCUCAGCAGAUCCGGAUCAGUAACAUCACCUGUGAUUCGUUCAAGAUCAGCUGGGACAUGGACGGCAGAGGCAGAGACAGGAUCACACACUACUUCAUCGACCUCAACAAGAAGGAGAACAGGAAGGAGAACAAGUUUAAACACAAGGACGUACCGACUAAGCUGGUGGCGAAGGCCGUCCCCCUGCCGAUGACAGUGAGAGGUCACUGGUUCCUGAGUCCUCGCACAGAGUACACCGUCUCGGUCCAGACAGCCGCCAAACAGCCAGAUGGAGACUACGCCGUCUCUCAAUGGAGCGAGAUCAUUGAGUUCUGCACUGCAGAUUACUCCACCGUCCAUCUGAACCAGCUGCUGCAGAAAGCCGAGGCCAUCGCCGGCAGGAUGCUGCCAUUCACCGUCUUCUACAGAAACCAGCAGAGGGAGUACUUCCAACAGGCCAGCCCCUCUUAUCGCUCCAGAGAUGCUCAGUGCCGGCGCAUGCUGCCGUCAGUCAAAGACAACAGCGGCAGUCAUGGGUCACCCAUCAGCGGCAAACUGAAGGGGAUCUUCUUCAGCUGCAACACCGAGUUCAACACAGGAAAACCUCCCCAGGACUCCCCAUACGGACCAUUCCGCUUCCAGAUCCAAGCAGACAUCCUCUUCAACCACAACACCAACAUCUACUUUGGGGAUUUCUACUGCAUGUACACGUCCUACCACUACGUCAUCGUGGUCCUGGCUCCUGAUGGCUCGGAUGGAGACGCCUUCUGUAAAGGGAGGCUACCAGUGCUGGACAGAUCCAACAACUGCUUCCUGAGCUGCACUGAUGAGGAGGAUGGCUCUCUGUCUUUCCGUCAUGCCCAGGACGUCAUCCUGGAGGUGAUCUACACCGAGCCGGUGGAUCUGUCUUUAGGGACGGUGGCACAGAUCAGUGGGCACCAGCUCAUGAGUCAGUCCACCGUCAACGCCAAGAAAGACCCGAGCUGCAAGAUCUGCAACAUCAGCGUGGGACGUUAGCUGAAUGUUUUGACUAGACGACCAGCUAACUUGCUAAAAAGUGACAUGGUGAAUAGAUAGUAGCUAAGAAGCUACUAAUUAAGUUCACCACCUGCUCGUUGUGGAACGAGUAGCUAGCUAAGUGCUAGCAAUGCCUGGCUAGCUAGCAGGCAGUCCAAUUAACUAAACACUAAAUCCACUUAUUUAAUGUGUAUAGUCACUUUAUUAAACCUUCAACUGAUUCUGGUGUUAUAAACCUUCUCUCUUGGUCAUCCAGAAAUCAUAGAACCAUAGUUACAUGUGUAACUUAAAGGAUAAUAUAGAACUGAUGUGAAACCAGAAUGUAACUCUAUUGAAGACAUACGAAAACCCAAAAUAACAAAAUAUCCUGUCUGACAACGUAACAGUGCUCAACAAAUUAGAGAAGUAUUUCAUUGGUGGGAAGAUGGUCUGUUUUUGAAACUGGGCUCUCCGUGCAGGAGAAUGAAAAUACUUUUAAAAUUGGUGCCACAUGACAAGAGGAAACAGGAAAAGGGCCGUGGCCUUCGCUUUGCUCAAAAGGUAGAAAACCUACAACUACCAGAAUGCACCACGCAGCACUGGACCAAUGCUGUUUUCCACAGAAAACAAUAUGGCACCCAGUUCCUGUUCUCAGACUUUCAUUUUACAGCCAAACAGUGCACUACAAUAUGUUUCUGUAGACAUUUUAUGUGAGAAAUAGGCAGUGUAGUAACAGAAUAUUAGUUUAGAUUUGAUCAGCCCUGCAGAGUUUGAUCUGAGUUUGAGGGGCAGAGAGGGACUUGAAAAACAAGGGGUAGGGGUAAAAAUAACAGAUGGGAGUGGGCGUUUGUCUGUAAGAGCCAGAAGACUGCCUGAUACCUUUUUAAUAUUGUUGAGUACAUCAUUUAGAAAAAAAACAUGACUCCUCUGAGUAAAGACACUAAACACUGUGGCAGCUCAGUUAGUUUUUAGCUGAGUGGUGUAUUUUAAAAUAAAUUAAAACCUUGUUGCUGCUAAAUGUCUCACUAAUGACAGAAGGUACUUUUCUUCACAUAUAUAUAUUUUUAAAUGAAGCCAAGAGAAACAAUGUCUACAGCUAUUUUUCUGACCGAUUGAGCACGAGACAAGAAAUAAUUUCAUAUCUGAUUUGAUCGGUUUUUUUUUAAUAACAGUGUGUUCUGCUUUUAUUUCAGUAAUCAAUGGACAGCUAAUAUGUGACACAUUAAUGACCUGAUAACUGUUAAUAUGUUUCUGCUCUUGGCAGGUAACAUCACCACACUCUGU